AUGGCUAAGGAAGCGCCUGCAAAGACCGGUCUGGCCGUUGGCCUGAACAAGGGCCACAAGACUACCGCUCGUGUCGUCAAGCCCCGUGUUUCCCGCACCAAGGGACACUUGAGCAAGCGAACCGCCUUUGUGCGUGAGGUCGUCAAGGAGGUUGCUGGCCUCGCUCCCUAUGAGCGUCGUGUCAUCGAACUUCUCCGCAACAGCAAGGACAAGCGUGCCCGUAAGCUGGCCAAGAAGAGGCUCGGUACCUUCGGCCGUGCCAAGAGAAAGGUCGAUGAGCUCCAGCGCGUCAUCGCCGAGUCCCGUCGUGCUCACUAA